UGGGGAGCGUGGCAUAAAAUGGAAAGGCAUGAACACUAUAGGAAUUUCGAGAUUCAAAAUCAAACCUCACGCAAAAAGGUUGGGCUAUUUAGUAUUUACUGGCCGUGUGCUUUAGGUUCUAUGGCAUCCCAAUUUCCGACAAGAUGAGGCGUGGGAGACCAAUGCUUGCUUCUUUAUGUUCAAACUAGGUCCAUCCAUUACUAGCUCAACAUACACGUUCGGUUUAUUCCAUUCCACCUUACAACUUUUGCUAUACGAGCACAUCAUGCGUGGCCUUCUUCCCGCUAAUUCCUAAUUCGGAUUCCUAGUAAUUCCUAUUCCUAGGUAUUUACAAAAGCAAGGAAGCUCGCUUCUUGAAACUUGAAAGGUGGCCUGAAAAAUGUUCACCCUCUAGCUCUCCUUUCUUUUUCGUCUUUCCACGACAACUAUGGUAUGAAAAAUAUCUGCUUGAGAUCUUUUCCGUCCAUGACAAUGAUUAAAGGGGUCAUUGUCGCCCCUCUGCCACCACAUUAUUGUUUAUUAUUGAUUUUAUUUUCAAAUUGCCUUGGAAAUUUAAAGGAAAAGAUUAGCCAGUGACUUAGAAUUUGAUGGCACGUGGAAAGCCCAAGACCACAUGUAAGCACACUCGUUGCACUCCUUCUUACCUUAUCGUCCACAGAGCAUGGGCUAGGGCGCCAAGCCACGAGAUUGUGGAAAAUCUGAAGGAUAAUUGAAAACCAGAAAUUGGAGUCAGUGGGAAAUCGCAGUUUCCGACUCCGUACACAGCUAACACAUUCGCUCGUUCAUGUCUUCCUCAUAAUCUUUUCUUCUUUCCCCCGAUAAAGAAACAAACCCGGAAGCGCCUUCUCACUUUACUUGGAAUGACGCAAAUGGCAUUCCCCCAACUCAUCCCCUCUGCUUCUUCUUCCUCGUCCUUGAACCCAAAUAAAUUUCCCUACUCUUCCAAUCCUAAUCUUAAUUUCCCUUCGCAGCCACUUCUUUGCUGCCGCCUCCCCCUCUUCCGUCGCCGCCGGAGGCAUGAUUCCCUUCGGUGCUCUGCCUCGUCUUUCUCCGAGAAGCACCACACCAACUCCCCCAAAUCCGACGACCUAGUCGAACUCCCUCUUUUCCCUCUUCCCCUUGUCCUCUUUCCCGGCGCUAUCCUUCCUUUGCAAAUCUUUGAGUUUCGCUACCGCAUAAUGAUGCACACUCUCCUUCAGACCGAUCUCCGUUUCGGGGUUAUCUACUCUGACGCUCUUUCCGGCGCAGCCGAUGUUGGCUGCGUCGGUGAAGUUGUCAAGCACGAGUGCCUCGUCGAUGACCGUUUCUUCUUGAUUUGUAAAGGCCAGGAGCGGUUCCGCGUCGCCAACCUCGUCCGCACCAAGCCCUACCUGGUCGCUCAAGUGACUUGGCUCGAGGAUAGGCCCUCAGCGAAUGGCGAAGAGGACCUUGGCGGUUUGGCCAAUGAGGUGGAGGCCUAUAUGAAGGAUGUCAUUCGGUUAUCCAAUCGAUUGGGAGGAAAACCGGAGAAGGACGUGGGGGAUUUGAGAAGGAACCUCUUUCCCACGCCCUUUUCAUUCUUUGUUGGCAGCACAUUCGAGGGCGCGCCUAGAGAGCAACAAGCUUUGCUUGAAUUAGAGGACACUGCCACAAGAUUGAAGAGGGAGAAGGAAACUUUAAGAAACACGCUUAACUACUUGACUGCUGCCUCAGCUGUUAAAGAUGUCUUUCCUUCUUCUUAGUAGAGGUUGAAAUUUCAAAAUAGAAGAGGAAAGUGGAUAGUAAAUUUGCUAAAUGAAGCAUAUUUAAGGGCAACGAGGAGUUGCAUUUGUUCAUCGAUUGCCCAGGGUAUUACCGUCAUUUUUGUUCCUGCCUUUUUGAAGUCUACUUGCUGAAUGCAUUGACUGGAUGUUUUUGUUGCUCCCGAACCACACAGAUUUCUGCAUAUUCUUUAUAAGACGAUCAGACGUGAAAGUUGAGAUUCUCUUUCUUUACCACCUUGUUAUUAAUUACUCCCCCCCCCCCCCCAAAAUAUAUAUAUAUUUGAAUAGGAUAAGACAAAGACGUAGACCUAGUUAAUAUUUCUACUUGCUAGUGUGUUUUUGUAAAAAUUUCUCGGCUAGUCUAGUGUUCCUAGCCAUGUUGAUCUUCAGAAGCUUACAAAGAGAUGAAUAACAACUCUUCCUGAAGAAUGAUCGCAUUAUGUCUUGGACAAAGUUAGACAUAAAUUAGAAGUUUGAGCGCGUAUAAAUAACGAGGACACGGUUUGUAAUGGGAGGCGCUUGUUAAAUUCAAUAAAAUGUACAAAUGCUGAAUUGAAACAGAGUAAAAUCUUUAAGAUUGUGAACAAAGCCGACCAUGUCCCAUUUUAUAGCUUUCCCAGUAGCGGUACACUUUCUCCACCAAGUUACUUUCUUUAUCCCUUCAUGUUGAGUUGUUGACAUUUAUGUCAUAUCUUAGCUCUGAAGAUUGUGUUCUUAUUUAACUAGCCUUCGAGGUCACAUGUCGUAUGGAUCCACAUUCUCCUAUUUUAUUGUUAUUUGUUACGUGACUGUUGGAUCAACAACUGGUGGUUGUGGCCUAGACAGGCCCUUCACAUUAUUUGAUAUGUUGUGGCUCGCUUUCCUUGA